AUUCAUAUGAACUUCCCGUCAGUUUAAGUGGUGUACUCAGAUAAAACACUUUCACGUUGUACAUGCAGCUGUGCUGUUUUUUAGCAAACAUUUCGAUUGUACUUUUAAUAUAAUAUAGUGUGUGAAAUUCAGUGAAAGUUUAAACAAGGAUCCGUUUAACUAUGGCGACUGUUUCUACUGGUGACGGUGAUGACCUCCUUGACGACAGCAGCAGGUUGGAGACAGAGGGUCAAGAGGACACUCGUCUCCUGUACAAACCUGAAGGGUCGAUGGACGCGGACGACGGUCAUUUGUCGGUGUCAAUGGCCGGGAGUACGGACACAUUGGCCACUGACGUCACCAUUUCCUCGGAAAAGCUGACCCAGCCCGAGGGAUGCCUUGGAAAGACUAAAAGAGUAGCCCAGGCCGUCUACAAGGCGGCGCGGUCCUUGGUGGGGCUUAUCAUCAUUCUUAUAGCGUACACUGCGCUCGGCGCCGCCAUAUUUAUGGCCGUGGAAUCAUAUCAUGAGCAAAAAUACAAAUCCAACAUUACGGAUAUUAGAAAGAAUCUAAUUACUCAAUUAGUACAGUCAGUGAAUCAGGUCCAAGACGUGAACAAGUUCAGGGCGGACACAAGCAAGCUCUUAGUGGACUAUGAAUCGGCGAUCCGGGAGGCGAUUAAGAAUGAUGUGACCACGGACUCCACAGUAGAGGUGUGGACGUACUGGGGCAGCCUGUUCUUCGUAUGGACAGUCUAUACCACUAUAGGUUACGGGAACAUCUACCCAGUUACGGGUAUCGGGCGUGUGUUGACGAUCGUGUAUGCAAGUGUGGGGAUCCCCCUGGCGCUCUUAUUGCUGGCGGAACUGGGGAAAGUGUUCACCCGCGGUCUAAAGUUCCUGUGGGCGUUCGUAAGGAGGUACUACUACACCGGAUACUUCCGGAAGGUCCGCUCAACGCUGCAGGAUAAAUAUCAGGUUACGAAGUCGGACUUUAAGAAGACACGAAGCUCCAGCGCCCCUGCCCUCGUGGAACAGGCGCACGUUGAAGCGGGAGAGGCGGAUAGCCUGAAGGCAAAGAGCCUCCAAAGUCUUGACGACGAGGCGGCCGCAGCCGCGGCGGGGCAGCGCAGUCGCAGUAGUUCCAAGGUGGUGUAUGGGUACGAGGUGGACGAUGAGUUUAACCUUCCAAUCAGUAUUGCAAUCGGUAUCCUGUUUGUUUACAUCAUGCUGGGGGCAACAAUGUACACGAUAUGGGAGGACUGGACAUUUAUAGAGUCAUUCUACUUUGUAUUUGUGUCUCUUUCAACCAUUGGCUUCGGUGAUGUUUUACCUGCACAUCAGAAGUUUUUCAUUAUCUCAUCGAUAUACAUGUUUGUCGGUCUGUCAUUGGUUUCUAUGUGUAUCAAUGUCGCGAUUGAGUUUUUCAACAGUAUGUCCAAAAGGGCUAAGCAGAAAAUGGGCGAGGCAAAAAGAAAGAUAGGUGAUAAGGUAAACCAGGCAAGCAAAAAUGCGCGGGAAAAAGUAUCAGGUAUGAAAAACAAUAUCAAAGAUGAAACAAGCAGGUUAAGGCAGAAGACGGAUGCACGUCUCACUAACCUCAAAACAAACAUUACUGAUGAAACAUCCAAGUUCAAACAUAAGACUGACAAAGCGUUUACUGGUAUUAAAACUAACAUAUCAAACGAAACAACCAGAUUUAAAAAGCGAGCAGAUGAGAAAUUCAGAAAAAGAGGGUCAACUCCGGACGGCGGUAGCCCAGCAAAUAUUUCCAGAGAAAAAGUAGCAACUGUAGACAUUCCCGAAGACAUACCUGCCGCCGACGACACAUAUAAUUCAACUGGUGACGUCCAGUCAACCACCAGUGAAAAUCCAAUAUCACCUAAACGCCGAACGGAUGGUAAGAGAAUGGCCCCAACACCGCCUACAUCACCUAAAAAAUCCCAAACCAAGUAACCUACAAAAUCGCCGACGCAAACAUUUGCCUCACUCAGAGCUUUCAAAAUUUCUGUGAAGAAAGAUUUGAUAGAAACGUGAAAAUUAUAUGUGUAAUAGCUUGUGGUAAGAUGUCAAAUACACCAAGACAGGUUAAUUGUUCUAUAUAAUAUAUAUAUUUGACAUGUUAUUAAAGAAUUAAAGCGAUAACGAUUUGCAUUAGUUUCGACAUAUAUGAUGAUAUUGUUAUAAAUAUCUGGAUGCAUACAAUUAAUAAUUAUGUAAUGGUUAAGGAAAUUUAAUUGCAUUUACAAAAAUAAAUUGACAAAUAAUGUCGCAAACACACAGCGCAUUUAUUUGGUAAAUGCAUACUUAUAAUACAUUUACCAUCUUAGUGUAUGAUAUUAUAUUUUGUCUACUGAUCCAGUCUCUGUUUAAAUCACCCGCUGAAAAUCAAUAACGCCCCACUGUUGAUUUACCAAAAUAACGUGUUGUCAUAUUCGAAAGAUAUUGCCAUCCCACUGGCAAGUACAAUUUCCAACACCAAAUUAUGCAAAAUAAGAUCUAUCGGUAUAUUGUAUUAAAAUGAACAUGCAUUUCAUUUUCAAACUACAUGCGUAAAACAGGUAUUGAAACCGAUAAACCGAUAUUGGAUAUACGGGGCGCUAAAACCAUAUCAUAUAUGGUUUCCUUUGCCCCGUAUAACAGAUAUCGGGUCACCUUCAAACCCCGUAAGUUAUAACAAUUUUCUAAAGGCUAAUUACUGUGAUUGUGUUUUCUUUGUUUGUCAAUAUCUUGCUCAAACCAUUUUAUAAAUUAUCAAAUGUGUGUUGAUUAACAUACAAGUCAACUUUUUGUUCAUUCUAUUAAAGUUCAUGAUAUUAUGCAUUUGACCUUUACGCGAUGUCAUUUCAGUUUCUUAAUUACGCUGUGUGUUCCCCAUUUCCAAACAGUUAUAAAUCCAUUCUUUUUAAUGUUUCAUACAUAUUUAGUUGUUUUAAAUGAUGGGCCCCGUAAAGUUUGAAAUGAAUACAGAUUCGUGUAAGUCGUAUAUAUGUUACGGACCAUUCAAUCAAGGGUGUGGUGUCCCCUGUUUCUCUGACUUAUUCUUAUUAAAAAUAUAAUAAUCAUGCUCAAAACCAAGUACAUAAGCAUCAUAGGUUUUUUUCUGUCUAAUGUACGACACCGUAUAUUGUACAUGAUUAUUUGAUUAUGAUAACAAACUACUAAUUUACUACUCAGUUACCCCCUAAUCACUACUGCGCUGUGCAUCAUAACGUUUUGUUACGGAAAGGAAGUAUCGUGUUUGCCGAUGAUAGUGUAACAGAAGAUGAUAUGUUUUUCUGAAUCUUUGUGUCAAAUACAGUGAUUUUUUAUGUUUGCAUUCUGCUUGUAUGCCCUUGUUGAGAUACUGUUUGUUGUUCAUGUUUAUGUGAAUUAUCCAAUUAAACAAUUACCAUGUAAA